UUCAGAUUUCCCACUUUGACACACUGAAGCGAUGGCUGAUAUGGCCUGGUCUAGUCUCUUUGUCACGCUGACUCUCCUCAGUUGUAUCCCUGGACACAACGCACUGGACCUGCUGAAGGCAGCGACAGCAUCAAAUAAUCUUCCCGCCAUACCUGCAGUGCAGUGUUGGUGUGCUGGUUAUCCUAACCAAACUCUCUGCUCCUGGCCUGAGACAUCACAGUCCCCACCAACACAGUACAUCGCCACCUACAGUGAGAGACAUACACAGUCAGCGACCAAGCAGUGCCAUCUCAUCCCCCCUGGGUCUUCAUCCUCUGCUCUGAGCUCAGGAUCCUCAAACUCCUCUGGGCAGCUCUGGCACUGCCACCUGGGGGACCUGAAGCUUCUCACUGACUACAUCAUCAACAUCACAGCAGUCAACCCUGUGGGGAGCAGCUCCCACUUAACAAGUUUUAUGUUGGAGGAUAUUGUGAAACCAGAUCCUCCUAUAGAUGUGCGGGUUUCCCCUCGCAGUUCCAGGAAGUUGAUGGUGGUAUGGUCCCCUCCCCCUACGUGGUCUAACCUUGACAUCUUUCCCCUAAAGUAUCAGAUCCAGUACCAGUGGGAAAACAGGGGCACCCCUCAGUCUAUGCAUCUGGGUCCGUUUGAACGCACCAGGAUAGAGCUGGGGUUGACCCCAGGGAGGACAUACCUGGUCCAGGUGUGCGCUCUGGAACUGCUGGGUCUGGGAGAGUGCAGCAACUGGAGCUCACCUGUAAAAAUCACCAUGCCAAAAUCCUAGAGACUUCAUCUCCC